ACUAAAGUCAUUAUGAUAUCUGCAAUAGCAACUCGCAAUCCACCAAAAUCUACAGAUAUAAUUUUUCUUUUUUAUUAAGUCUCAAAAAAAAGGAAAAAAAUAUAAUUUUCUAUUUUGGGAUUUCAGAGGCAAAGAGGAGCUAAAGCAGUGUGUAAGAAUCCAGACAUUAUUGUAUAACAGUUGUUUAGAAUUCAAAAACAUGUCUCAAACCAACUGGGAAGCUGAUAAAAUGUUAGAUGUGUAUAUCCAUGAUUAUUUGGUAAAAAGAGACUUGAAGGCUUCUGCUCAGGCUUUUCAAGCUGAAGGAAAAGUGUCAUCUGAUCCUGUAGCUAUCGAUGCACCGGGAGGCUUUCUCUUUGAAUGGUGGUCAGUGUUCUGGGAUAUAUUCAUUGCAAGGACCAAUGAGAAGCACUCAGAGGUUGCUGCGUCUUACAUUGAGACUCAGUUGAUUAAAGCAAGGGAGCAGCAGCAGCAACAACAGCAGCAGCAAGGUCAACAACCACAACCACAACAUCAGCAGCAGCAGCAGCAGCAACAACAACAACAGCAAAUGCAAAUGCAACAUCUCAUGUUGCAGAGGCAUGCUCAGCAGCAGCAGCAGCAGCAGCACCAACAACAACAACACCAACAACAGCAACAGCAACAGCAACAGCAACAGCAACAGCAGCAGCAUCAUCAGCAGCAGCAUCAUCAGCCGCAGCAACAGCAGCAGCAGCAGCAGCAGCAGCAGCAUCAGCAACAGCAGCAGCAUCAGCAGCAUCAACAGCAGCAGAGAAGGGAUGGUGCCCACCUCCUAAAUGGUACUACAAAUGGGCUUGUGGGAAAUGAUCCUCUCAUGCGCCAAAAUGCUGCAACUGCUAAUGCAAUGGCUACUAAGAUGUACGAGGAAAAAUUAAAAUUACCAAUGGAGAGGGAUUCUUUGGCAGAUGCUGCAAUGAAGCAAAGAUUUGGUGAGAAUGUAGGGCAUCUUUUGGAUCCAAAUCAUGCCUCGAUUUUGAAAUCUGCUGCUGCUGCAGCGAAUGGCCAGACUUCAGAGCAAGUGUUGCAUGGUGCUUCCGGUGCAAUGUCCCCACAGGUCCAGGCUCGAAAUCAGCAAUUGCCAGGGUCCACACCAGACAUAAAGAGUGAGAUCAAUCCAGUGCUGAAUCCUAGAGCUGCUGGUCCAGAAGGAUCAUUGAUAGGAAUUCAUGGAUCAAAUCAAGGUGGUAACAAUUUGACUUUAAAAGGAUGGCCACUCACUGGAUUGGAACAACUUCGUUCAGGGCUUCUUCAGCAACAAAAGCCUUUUAUACAGGCUCCUCAGCCCUUUCAUCAACUUCAGAUGUUAACACCACAACACCAGCAACAGCUAAUGCUUGCACAACAAAGUUUAACAUCACCAGCUGCUAGUGAUGAAAGUAGAAGGCUGAGAAUGUUUAUCAAUAACCGGACUAUGAGCCUUGGAAAGGAUGGCCUUACAAAUUCUGUUGGUGAUGUUGUUCCAAAUGUUGGAUCCCCUUUGCAAACUGUGGGCCCACUUUUUUCUCGUGGAGAGACAGAUAUGCUGAUUAAGAUAAAAAUGGCUCAGUUACAGCAGCAUCAGCAUCAGCAACAGCAACAGCAACAGCAACAGCAACAGCAACAGCAACAGCAACAACAACAGAGCAGCAAUCCACAGCAGCAGCAGCAGCAACAGCAGCAGCAACAGCAGCAGCAGCUUCAGCAGCACGUGCUUUCAAAUCAGCAAUCACAGAGUUCAAGUCACAAUCUUCACCCGCAAGAUAAGAUGGGGGGUGCUGCUAGUGUCAACGUCGACGGUAGCAUGUCCAACUCUUUUCGAGGAAACGAUCAGGUUUCAAAAAACCAGAGUGGGAGAAAGAGAAAACAACCAGUGUCAUCUUCUGGUCCUGCCAAUAGCUCAGGAACUGCAAAUACAGCAGGACCCUCCCCAAGUUCAGCUCCUUCAACACCUUCUACCCACACACCUGGAGAUGUGAUCUCAAUGCCUGCUUUGCCUCAUGGUGGAGGUUCUUCUAAGCCUUUUAUGUUUGGGGCAGAUGGUACGGGCACCCUUACAUCACCAUCGAAUCAAUUGUGGGAUGACAAAGAUCUUGAAUUGCAGGCUGAUAUGGAUCGUUUUGUGGAGGAUGGAUCUCUUGAGGACAAUGUUGAUUCUUUUUUAUCCCCUGAUGAUAAUGACCCUAGAGAUGUGGUUCCUCGUAUGGAUGUGAGCAAAGGAUUCACAUUUACUGAAGUAAAUUCUGUUAGAGCAAGUGCAAGUAAAGUAGUCUGUUGCCAUUUCUCAUCAGACGGGAAAUUGCUUGCUAGUGGCGGCCAUGAUAAAAGGGCUAUAUUGUGGUACACAGAUAAUUUAAAGUCAAAAGCUACCCUUGACGAACAUACAUCUCUGAUUACUGACGUCCGUUUCAGCCCAAGCAUGUCACGUCUUGCAACAUCAUCAUUUGACAAAACUGUUAGGGUUUGGGAUGCUGACAAUCCUAAUUUCUCACUCCGCACUUUUACUGGACAUUCUUCCAAUGUAAUGUCACUAGACUUCCACCCAACUAAAGAUGAUCUUAUAUGCUCUUGUGAUGGGGAUGGUGAAAUAAGAUACUGGAGUAUUACCAAUGGUAGCUGUGCAAGAGUAUUCAAGGGUGGUAUGGCCCAGAUGAGAUUUCAACCCCGUGCAGGGAAGUAUCUUGCUGCUGCUACUGAGAAUGUUGUGUCUAUACUGGAUGUUGAGACACAAACUUGUUGGCAUUCGUUACAGGGUCAUACUAAAGCAAUCCAUUCUGUUUGUUGGGAUCCUUCUGGUGAGUAUCUAGCGUCUGUCAGUGAGGACUCUGUCAGAGUCUGGACGCUUGGAUCAGGAAGUGAGGGUGAAUGUGUUCAUGAGUUGAGUUGUAAUGGCAACGAAUUCCACUCCUGUGUUUUUCAUCCUACAUUCCCUUCAUUGCUAGUCAUUGGCUGUUACCAGUCUUUGGAGCUUUGGAACAUGAGUGAGAACAAGACAAUGACUCUGGCAGCCCAUGAUGGUCAAAUUGCUGCAUUGGCUGUAUCAACUGUUACAGGGAUGGUUGCAUCUGCUAGUCAUGAUAAGUUUGUCAAACUGUGGAAAUGAUAUAUGAUUGUUUCUCGGUGUUGUUCAAGUGCUUUUAGCUUGUUUAUUUUGGUUGCUCGAUCUCCCCAUUUUGUGUUCUAUUUAAAUAUCAGGUCACCAUAACCCCAGAGACCAAACCUUAUAUGUUGUUGUAUCGGUUACAUGGCCACUUGUAUAACUGCAAAAAAGUCAAUGGUCAAGCGUCCUAGACUCCCAUUUGUACUCUACUAGGAAGUAAAUGGUUCUUGUUCAUA